AUGUCUCUUUGCUUGAAUCGGCUUCAGGAGGAACGGAAACAAUGGCGGCGUGACCACCCCUUCGGCUUCGUCGCAAAGCCGAUGCGUACACAGCAGGCCACCUUGGAUCUUAAGCGAUGGGAAUGCGCCAUUCCUGGAAAGACGGGCACCCUCUGGGCCGAUGGCUUGUUCAAGCUGGAGUUGAUUUUUCCUGACGAAUAUCCCACCAAACCUCCCAAGUGCAAAUUUACACCUCCGCUUUUCCACCCCAAUGUCUACCCUUCUGGAACGGUCUGUCUUUCUAUCCUGAACGAGGAAGAGGCAUGGAGACCCGCCAUCACCAUCAAGCAGAUUCUCCUUGGCAUCCAGGAUCUACUCAAUGACCCCAACCCAGAGUCGCCAGCCCAAGCCGAGGCAUACAACCUUUAUAAGAAGGACCGACCUGCGUACGAACGACGAGUGAAGCAGGUCGUCAAGGAGAAUCCAAAGAUGUAA